AUGGGCUCCCUGCUACCUCCCCUUGUCGUGCCAGCUUCAGCCACACACACCCACACCGUCGUGUUUCUCCACGGCCGCGGCGACUCGGCACCCAAGUUUAGUAGCUCCCUUAGAUACUCGACCGACUCGAGCAGCCGCACUCUAGACCAGAUCUUUCCGUCGUUCCGAUGGGUGUUUCCGCAUGCUCCAAUGACCUCCAACGAGGCAUUCCCCCUCAACAGAAUCAACCAGUGGUUCGACGUCUGGAACGUACAAAACUUUGCCGAACGAGAAGAACUUCAGGCCGUUGGUCUCAGGGAGAGCGUCCAGCGCAUUCGUGACAUCCUGGCCGACGAGGCUGCACUCUUGGAAGGUCACUGGGACCGCAUCGUGCUGGCCGGCAUCAGUCAGGGUGCUGCAACAAGCGUCCAUACCCUGCUAAAUCUGGACAUUCUCGGGCCGAUCAAUGGCGAGGCCCAAAAGCGACGACUCGGUGCCUUUUUAGGCUUUUCGUGCAGGAUGCCUUUCCCAGGUCGUUCUCUGGCCGCCACCAGAAAGGUCCUCGACCUGGAGGGGUCGCCUAGUCAUGCUAGCAUACUCGAGAACACACCCGUGCUGCUGGAGCACUGCGUGAAUGAUCACGUCGUCUUGGUUGAGAAUGGGAGGGCUUUGAGAGAGACUCUGCGAGGAUUUGGGGCUCAAGUGACAUGGAAAGAGUACCCAGAUGGUGAGCACUGGUUCAAUUCCCCAUCUGGGAUAGACGAUGCCGUCGAGUUCCUGAAGCACGUUCUUGAGCUGCCUGAUGUUGCCUAG